CCACGGCAGCCACCCCAUCGCCGUCUCUUCUUCCCCUCCCCACCCCCACCCCCACUGCCACCCAUCACUUCGCCCCCGAACCUUCUAGAACCCCGAGAGGCCAGGACCCUACCCUACCCAUGGCGGCCUCGCUCCUCUCGCGCGCCGCCUCGGCCGCCUUCGCCCUCCGCGGCGGCGCCCGGCUCCUCCCCAAGGAACCCCCCCUUCCUCUCAUCCUCCUACUCCUCCUCGCCACCGCCGCCGGCACGCUCCCCGCGGGCAGGGUCGGAUGGGCGCGCGCGGCGGAGGCCACCGGGUGCGGGGCGUCGCUGUCGCCGUCUAUGACGCGGUUCGGGAUCGCCGCGCGCUUCAACGCCACCUCGUCGGCCGUGUCGGAGGCCGCCGCCGCGUCUCGCGCCGUCCACGCGAUGCCGCGGACCGAGCCCGUCGUGUCCGCCGAGUGGCUGCACGCCAACCUCAGGGACCCCGAUGUCAAGGUACUUGAUGCCUCUUGGUAUAUGCCCGCAGAGCAAAGGAAUCCACUUCAGGAGUACCAGGUGGCUCAUAUCCCUGGUGCCUUAUUCUUUGAUGUUGACGGAAUAUCUGACAGAGCAUCUAAUCUGCCACACAUGCUGCCAUCUGAAAAAGCAUUUUCUGCCGCUGUGUCUUCCCUUGGUAUCUACAACAAAGAUGGAAUAGUAGUUUACGAUGGAAAGGGUCUAUUUAGCGCUGCUCGUGUUUGGUGGAUGUUUCGUGCUUAUGGACAUGACAAAGUUUGGGUUUUGGAUGGAGGUUUGCCUCAAUGGCGUGCUUCUGGGUAUGACGUCGAAUCAAGUGCCUCUAGUGAUGCUAUCUUAAAAGCCAGUGCUGCUAGUGAAGCAAUCGAGAAAGUUUAUCAGGGGCAAUCGGUUGGUCCCACCACAUUUGAAGCGAAGUUGCAGCCUCAUCUUCUUUGGAAUCUUGGUCAGGUGAAAGAGAACAUCGAGACCCAGACACAUCAACUUAUAGAUGCUCGAGGGAAGCCUAGAUUUGAUGGUGCGGUUCCAGAGCCACGGAAGGGAAUAAGAAGUGGGCAUGUGCCCGGGAGCAAAUGCGUUCCUUUUCCUCAGGUGCUUGACAGUACACAAAAGCUAUUACCUGCAGAUGAGCUCCGUAAGCGAUUUGAGCAAGAAGGUAUAUCACUUGAUCAACCCAUUGUGACCUCUUGCGGCACUGGUGUGACAGCAUGUGUAUUAGCUUUGGGCCUUCAUCGCCUCGGCAAAACUGAUGUUGCCGUGUACGAUGGAUCAUGGACCGAAUGGGGUGCUCACCCCGACACUCCAGUUGCUACUGCUGUUUAGUCUCAUACGACGUGUAUGGAGGACCAUCUUUUGUGCCCCAACUUGUCGGCGAUGUAUGACGGUCACAAGGCAAAGGAAACUGAAGAGUAUGGGUGGGUGUAAGGUUGUGGAAGCGAAUGCUGUUGGGCGUUUUCAAUGUAAAUUAUCGAAACAGAGGAAAAUGGAAUAUACACUGUGUGAAUCAAUAGUUGAUGACCUCUUGUGAUGA